GCAUGUUUCUUCCCCUGGAUCUUCACCUCGCACCAUGCAGACGGUCCCUAAGCCUGCCUGACGGUUCGGUGUUCCCCCCUCCCCCAACAGCCGCGCUCCUGUUUCACUCAAAGAUGGCGUCGGCUCUAGAGCCUCUGGUCUCUGGCUGUAAUUUUAGCCUUGUUGUUGUCUUCGUUUCGCUUCGGUUCUGGCACGUUCUUCACAUCGGCUCGACACGAGAUUCCGUUUUCAUCUGCAGCUGAGGUGCAGCAGGCAUGAAGGUGAUCAGCCCUCGCUGCUCCCUGGGGUGAGAAGACUGUUCCACCCCAAAGCUACGAAUCCAACGUCGUCGCUGGAGGGAAAAUAAGAAGUGACAGAAAUCAAGUGGAGACAAAAGAGAAAACGUGGGCAUUGGGAUGUUUACUGUCUUUCCUUCACUUUUAUCAUUGAAACACAAUUUUCGUGUUCUGGAAACAUUGACUAUCCACCACCUCACUGUAAAAACUGACUGCAUAACCUGUGGAAGGAAACUCACUACCAUUCACUAAAUGUGAAUCUGAGGGAUUCUUUUGCUACACUCACAAUCAGAAGCACCCUUUUUUUUUUGAAAGGAUCUUUUAUCUUCAAGAUCAUUACUACAUCCUGUUUGCAGUGGAAGUUUAACUUUUUUAAAGACCUGCUGGUUCCUCCACUCCCCCAGCCCCCCUACCUUUACCUGACUGGAAGUGGGUGGAGGGUGAAUCAAAUUUUGCUCAGUAGAGGGUUGGCUCAAGGGGACUGUGCUAUGAUCAGCUGCUCUUUACCGUGCUGCUCAUACUCCGCUUCAGCGAGACUCUCUGUUCGGCCCCAGGACAAGGGAUAGUAAGCAAGUAGAGGGAGUAAAGGAGGAGGCGAGGCGGCGCUACGGCGCAGGCCAGGUGUUGUCUUGGCUUACAGUUUCCUCUUUUUCUUGUGUGCGGUCCUUGCAGCAGAGCCUCUGGGCAGCUGCACCCACCCAGAGCGCAGCUAUGGUGAAACUGGCAAACCCAGUGUACACGCAAUGGAUCCUAGAGGCCAUCAAGAAAAUCAAGAAGCAAAAGCAGCGACCAUCAGAGGAGCGUAUUUCCAAUGCGGUUUCCAUGACCCAUGGGCUGGACCGCAAAACUGUUCUAGAGCAGUUGGAGCUAAGUGUCAAGGAUGGUACAAUCCUUAAAGUCACCAAUAAGGGCCUCAAUUCCUACAAAGACCCAGAUAACCCUGGGCGCCUGGCUGUGCCAAAGCCCAAAAGUGGUGCCAGCUCUGGAGGAGGAGGUGGAGGCGCAGCAGCGACAGGAGGAGGAAGUGUUGGAGGUGGCAGCAGCAACAGCAGUGGCGGAGGUACAUCUCACACUCAUUCAGGAAAGAAACCAGGACUUGAUUGGUACAAGCUGAUCAAACGGGCAUUGGAGGGGCUUCAUGAGCCUGGCGGUUCCAGCUUAAGGAACAUCGAGCGCUUUCUUAAAUGCCAGGCUGAUGUGGCUGCUUACCUGUCGAGCAGUGGUUCAAUGGGACCUGGCAUCUUCCACCAGCAGCUGAGGGUAGCCCUGAAGAGGGCUGUGGCCCACGGACGUGUAGUCAAACAGGGUCCACUAUUUCAGCUAAUCAGCCGCAGCAGCUACCAGGGUGACGGGACCGGGACGGUUUCUCUGGAAUCAUUGCCUCCUGUCCGAUUGCUGCCACAUGAGAAAGACAAGCCCGUGGCCGAGCCCAUCCCCAUCUGCAGCUUCUGUCUGGGCACCAAGGAGCAGAACCGCGAUAAGAAGCCGGAGGAGCUCAUCUCCUGUGCCGACUGUGGCAAUAGUGGCCACCCGUCCUGUCUCAAGUUCUCCCCAGAGCUCACAGCACGAGUCAAGGCGCUGUGGUGGCAGUGCAUUGAAUGCAAAACUUGCAGCAGCUGUCAGGAUCAAGGAAAAAAUGCGGACAACAUGUUGUUCUGUGACUCGUGUGAUCGGGGCUUCCACAUGGAGUGUUGUGAUCCUCCACUCACCCGGAUGCCUAAAGGCAUGUGGAUUUGUCAAAUCUGCCAACCCAGGAAUAAGGGAAAGACGCUCUUGCACGAAAAGGCAGCCCAAAUCAAACGGCGCUACAGCACACCGCUGGGACGGCCCAAGAACAGACCGGGACGGCCCUUCAAGAAGCUGAGUGGUCGUGGUCGUAGGCGGCGCUCCACUUCAGCCAACUCUUCCUCCAGUUCUUCCUGUGAAGGUUACCCUGGCGACGACCGGCUGCUCUUCUCAAUGCGUGGCGACGAUGAGCAGUCGCAUAGCAGUCUGCACUUCAACAACAAGACCAAGGGUCUAAUCGACGCCCUCACAAAGUUCUUCACGCCGUCGCCGGAGGGCCGUAAGGCUCGACAGGAGGUGGUGGAUUACUCACAGCAGUGCCGCAUUCGAAAGAAAUCAGGUCGUAAAGGAGAAGACGACGACCGGGGAGAGGAUGACAAUCAGGACAGCAGCGACUGGCACGAAGAUGAAGACAAACUGCCGGGACACGAGAAUCUGACUGAAAAAGACAUUGAGCUGUUCAGACACAUCCAGGAUCUGGCUCUACAGAAAGUUGGUGUGACGGGUCCCCCCGACCCCCAGAUGCGCUGUCCAUCAGUCAUUGAAUUUGGCAAGUUUGAAAUCCAGACUUGGUAUUCAUCUCCCUAUCCACAAGAGUACAGCAGACUACCGAAGCUCUACCUGUGUGAGUUCUGCCUGCGCUACAUGAAGAGUCGCAGCAUUCUCUACCAGCACAUGAAGAAGUGCAGCUGGUUCCACCCUCCAGCCAAUGAGAUUUACAGGAAGGACGACGUGUCUGUGUUUGAGGUGGAUGGAAAUGUGAGCACAAUAUACUGUCAGAAUCUGUGCUUGUUGGCUAAGCUGUUUCUAGACCACAAGACUCUCUACUACGACGUGGAGCCCUUCCUUUUCUACGUCCUGACCCAGAAUGACAGCAAAGGCUGCCACCUAGUUGGCUACUUCUCUAAGGAGAAGCACUGCCAACAGAAAUACAACGUAUCAUGCAUCAUGAUUCUUCCACAAUAUCAGCGGCAGGGCUAUGGGCGUUUUCUCAUUGACUUUAGCUACUUGCUGUCAAAGCGGGAGGGACAGCCUGGAUCUCCAGAGAAGCCUCUGUCAGACCUGGGUCGGCUGUCCUACAUGGCCUACUGGCGCAGCGUGGUGCUGGAGUGUCUCCACGAGCUCCAUGACCGACGGAUCACCAUUCGCCAACUUAGCAAACUGACAGGGAUCUGCCCACAGGACAUCACCACCACCCUGCACAGCCUCAACAUGCUGGAGCAGCGAGGAGAAAGACUUGUGCUGGUGCGAAAGGAGAAGAUAGUGGCGAACCACAUGGCUCGUCUAAAAGCCCGGCCACGGCAGCUGGAUGUCGACCCCGAGUGUCUCCGCUGGACUCCGGUCAUCGUGACAAACACGGUGGUCUCUGAAACCGACGGAGAGGAUGAGGUGGAUGAGGAUGAAGGAGGAGACGUUCACAAGGAGGUCAAACCAAGCCAGAAGGUCCUCCCAGCACCCUGGCAAAUGCAGCCCAGUGCAGAGGAUGAAGAAACAAAAGGCUUUCUGGGGUUUCCCAUCAACCAGAGUUCUCCAAAUUCCCCCUCCAUCCGUGGUCCACCACCUGUCCUAGGGACAAGACCCCCACCACCGACAAAUGGAGAACGCAGGCCACGGGGACGUCCGCCCAAAAACUUGCCUUGGGGCAAAAUAAAAAACACUGCACGGGUUGGACGGCCACCCAAGAUUUGCUUGGCGGAGGAGGAGGAGGACGACGACGAUGAGGAGAGAACACUUGGAGGAAGAACAGUGUCAUCCAGGAGCCCACUCUCUUUUUUCUCUAGUCAAGCCGAGUCUGCAGCUUUUCACCCGCUGGACAUGGCCAGGCACCCCUCAAUAACUCCCAUGACACGGAGGGGGCGCCCCCCGAGGAAGAAGAGAGGCCCGAAGCCCGGCCUUCCAGAGGGGCCUGCAGACAGACUAACUCCGCCCUCUGUCAUGGCCCGAUUGAACGAUGCUUCACUCAUCAGUGGAAGCAGUGAUGAAGAGGAGGAGGAGGAGGAGGAUGAUGAGGAGGAGGAUGAUGAAGAUGAUGAUGAAGAGGGUAGGGCAUGCUCCCCUCCCAUUCUCACUAAGCCAGCGCUAGGGCCCAAAUGCAAGAAGCCUCUGAAGCGGCCUCGUUUUCGUCAGCGCAGCCACCCUCAAAGCAGCGUUGUAACAGAGACCAUCUCCGAGACCACGGAGGUGCUGGACGAGCCGUUUGUGGACUCCGACUCGGAGAGGCCGAUGCCCAGGCUGGUUGAGGAAACGUCCCUGUGCCGCCCACUGCGCCGCUAUCCACCCGCAAGAUCAGCCCUGAGGCGGUCUGAGCCCAUGCCCAAGAGGCCCUGCCACUCCAGCCUCACUGAUUCAGAAGAAGACGAUCUAACACCUGUUCUGAAGCCUGCAGCUGCUCUGACGGCGACAGCAUCUGAGUUAACAGAGGCCGGCGCCGACGUCCCAGUCAAGAAGAAAAAAGGCUGGCCAAAAGGAAAGAGCCGAAAGCCACUUCACUGGAAACAACGUGGAAAUGUAAAAUCACCUGGCGGUGGGCCCAACAGGCAAGCUGAAGACGGCCAGGUUCAGAGUGGGGACCCUCAGCCUCCUAAAAUCAAGAUGAAGCCCGGCCGGAAGCCCCGGAGCUGGUACCUGCAGCGGGAGGAGGUGGAGAGGCAUGAUAAGGAAAGACAAAGGAUGCUGGAGCAGCAGCUUGGGAAGGAUUUCCAGCUGCUCCAGACGGAUGAUCACAACACAAAACGAGUCUGUGGAACCAACAGGGAGAAGGACUCUGAUGAUGAAGACGACUUUUUCUCCAAAUCCAAUGAACAGAAAAUGCCCAAAAGGAGAGGGAGACCGCCAAAGAAUCGCGCCGUCCACCAGGCCCCGCAGCCUGCACCUAAACCCCCUCCCACCUCUGAGCCCGACGACGACGACGAAGAUGAUGAAGAUGAUACUGAAAGAGGCUGGAUAGAGGACAAACCAAGCCACCCUCCGUCCCAUCCCCUGUUGUCCCCUUCUUCCUCCUUAGCUUCUGGACCACGGGGCCCUCCGUCACGGCCCCAGGAUGUUGACAUGGGUGACAGGGAGGGCGAAGAUGAAGAGAGAGAAGAGGAAGAAAGAAGCGGCAUGGGGAGCGGAGGCAGCCGGCCGAAUAGACGGGCUGUCGUCACAUCAGGUUCUGGAAGCAGGCGCAGUGAAGACCACGAUGCUGAUGACGAAGGUGACGGGCGUUUGGAAGACAAGAGCAACAGCAACAAGACGAGAAAAAGACAAGACUCAGACGAUGAAGAGGACGUUGAAGAUGAGGACGAGGAGGAGUUCCCCUCACAAGCAAACUCUCCUCCCGUUAAAGAAGAACCCCAAGGUGGAGAGGCUUUUUUAGACAUGGAGAACAGCGUGGCCCAGGACUACGUCAGCAAACAGGAAGAGCUAGAAGAGGAGGAGGAGGAGGCUGAGGAGGCCAAGUGUCAGCCCCCUGCUGCUGACCCUCAGCAGGAGGAGAGGAGACGCAGAGAGCAGGAGGAGUCUGCUGCAGCAGCUGCAGCAGUGGAAACUGUCACGGCCAUGUCUGUUCCUUCAGAACCCAUGCAGCUGCAGCCUCUACACCCAGACGACAAAGAUGUCACCAUGUUGAUGGAGCCCCAACGCCCACAACCACACUCCCACCCUCAUCCGCACUCAGACUUCAAGGAGGAGCUGGGACACCAUCACCCACAUCACCAACAUCAGCACUCCAACGAGCUGGACCUGGAGACCAUGCAGGCGGUCCAGUCCCUGACGCAGGGGGAAGCCCAGGACGAAGAGGCUGAGCCGCAGCCGCAUCACGGCGCUUACCAAGACUGCGAGGAAACCUUGGCUGCCUGCCGCACCCUGCAGAGCUACAGCCAUGCAGGAGAGCCAGAAGAGGAGGCGCUCGCUUUAGCGGAGGAGUGUGGCACUGCGCAACACAGCAGCCCCCUCCCUAACGCCCCAGUGCCACCUCUGCCCAGUCAGUCUGUGCACUCCGCUAACAGCCCCGGGAUGUCCUCUGGCAUUGUGGACGCAACACCAGCAGGACAGAGAGGAGGAACGCCUGGUCCCACAGCAUCAGGGGGAGCCAGCAGCACUGCCAGCAGUGGUUACACCCAGAUCACACCAGAGCAUCCCAGUUCCCUGUCUGCCCCCUCCCAGCAGAACAUGGAGACGUCUCCCAUGAUGGAUGUGCCGUCUGUGCCUGACCACUCUCAGCAGGUUGUGGACAGCGGCUUCAGCGACCUCGGCAGCAUCGAAAGCACGACAGAAAACUACGACAACCCCAGCAGCUACGACUCCACCAUGGGUGGUGGAGGCAACGGAACAGGAAAUGGGGGUAAUGGAGGAGGGAUGUCGGCUGCUGUGGGAGCUCCAGCUCCCACGGCUUCGUCUUCAUCGUCCUCUUCCUCCACCUCAGCCACCCCAUCCUCUUCCUCUCAGACCAACAGCUGCUCCUUUGCCCAAACUCCCAGCCUCACAUCUUCAGCAGGAAACGGGGGUUCCCAGCUGGCCAUGGGCAGCUGUAGUCUCAUUCAGCAAACAGGACCAGGGCCCAACGGGGGCCCAGCUUCUGGUAAUGUGGGCAGUGCUGUGCCCCAGCCUCCACCGCCCCCUCCACCCUCCAACACUCCCAGCUGUGGCAUCAAGUCCCCUCAGAGCUGCAGCGUCAUCGAGAGGCCCCCCAGCACCAACCAGCAGCCGCAGCCACAGUCCCAGAAGAAAGUUCCUCAGCAGCAACAAGCCCCCAACCCUCAGCCCCCACCCACCGCCCCACCACCCCCACAGCAACAGGCUUUGUCCCAGUGCAGCAUGGGUAAUGGCUUUGCAUCCACACCCAUGAUCAUGGAGAUGACGGAAAGCGGUAGUGGAGGAGGGGGACGCACCCUCUACGAGCGUAUGGGUCAGGACUUUGGUACCACAGGCUACCCCCAGUCCACCGCAACAUUCAGCUUGGCCAAACUCCAACAGCUGACCAACACCAUCAUGGACCCUCAUGCCAUGCCCUACUCCCACUCUGCCUCCGUGACCUCCUACGCCACCAGCGUUUCCCUGUCCAACCCCGGGCUUGCCCCCUCCCCUCACGCAUCUCUUCCUCAGGGCCAGCCAGCUAUGACUGGACCUCCUAACCUUAGCUCUGGCUCUAUGAACCUUGGUUCGCUGCAGCUGCAGUGCAACAUGCCAGCCACCAACAUCAGUUUGGGUCCCCCCCACACGCAGCGGCUGCAGACCCAGAUGGCUACGGUCAAAGGUCACAUCUCCAAUCGGUCCAAAGCCACUCAGCAGCUGGCCCCGGCCCCGCACCAGCAGCAGCUCUACGGCCGCAGCUCAGGGGUCGUGGCCAUGCAGGGCACGCCGCGCACCUUGACAGUGCAGCGCGGUAUGAUGCCAAACCUCAUGCCCACGCCGGCACCCUACAAUUCCAUGAACAUGACACCUCUGAACGCCAUGUCGGCCAGCUACCGGAUGCCCCAAACCAUGAUGAACAGUGGCUAUCACAGCAACCCCGCUUACAUGAACCAGCCAGCUCAGUAUCCCAUGCAGAUGCAGAUGGGCAUGAUGGGAGGCCAGGGUUAUGCCCAACAGGCUAUGCAGCCCAAUCACCAUAGCAACAUGAUGUACACUGGCCCCUCCCAUCACAGCUACGCUGGAGUCCCAAAACAGUCCCCGUACAUGAGCAGAUGAGCUGGCAGGAGCCGAUGUAGGAGACGUGGAGCCAGAGUUAACCCUCGCUGUAUUUUAAAUGUCCGGUACUCCUCCUACCUCGUCCAGUGCCUAGGCGGGCACCAGGGAGCGUAGGUAAACGGAGAUGGAGCGUGUUUGGGUUUCCUGUUUCUCUGUGCAGUAAUCAUGUCCUGUUUUUAUCUGGACUUGCUUCUCCCUCCCCCCUCCAGCUGGCUGUGGUUGGGUUGGGUUGGGUUGGAUCCCUACAUGGACCCCAGCUGGGCAUCAGUCUUCACACUGCUGUAGGAGGUUUCUCCUCUUCACACAGUGGUGGAGAAUGGGAGGACAUGAAUGACCAGGAAAAAACAACUCAAGAAAACCGAUCCAGGGAAUACUGUGCACUCAGACUGGAACAGAAAAUCUGUCUGAAUAUAUCCAACCAUGCACACAAUCUUUUAACUGAUAUAGGAAGCCUUAUCUUGGAAGAAGAGACGAUGAACAGCGUAGCCGGACUGACGUUUCCUUAAACAUAAUGUUGAAUCUUUUUUUUUUUGUUGUCCUUGUUUUUGUUGACUGUUGGUUAUUUUUAAUACUUGUGUGCAGUCCGACCCUUCCUAUGCUUCGGUCUUUAUAUGUGUGGCAUUCUGAUAAUGGCAAUACACCUUCCUGCUCUCAGAAUAACCCCCGAGCGUUUGUGAGGCUGCUGGGUCGGACAGCUUUUCACUUAUUCCAGACGAGUGUGGGAGCAGGGACUCGUGCUGCGGAGUUGGUGUUGAGCGCUUUCCGGAGUCUCCGUCUUCCCACACGGACAGUGUUGUACCAGAAACACAGGAAGACACAGAAGAGACUAGUGUUACUAUUAUAUAUCCAUAAAUGAAACGAGUAGCAUUAUUUUCUAGGUUUCUGCCACUUUGGAACUUGUAGAUGUAAAUACUCUGGUACUUCCCAACAGAUAACACACACACACACAAACUGAGCAGCUGUUGCCAAUCGGUGGCUAGCUCAGGGUAAGUCCAACAUUCAGCUCUUUUUAUGUUUUGCCCACGCUCUGCUGACAGAACCGGGUCAUACAGUGUUGGGUCUUUUUAGCAGCUUAGAAAAAGCUCAUUUCCAUUGGACUGCUCCGAGUGGGUUCCCUCUGGAGGAGCCCGCUGUUUUGUUUUUCUCCGCAAAAGUCUGCACUCCUACUGACUAGACAUGGGGCAGCAUUCAGUCCGCCUUUGUGAAAGGUGCCUAAAUGCCCGCUCUAGUGCACGGACCGGCCCUCACAUCGAGGCGCACUUAUGAGAAGCAAGGUUUGGGGCGAGUGAGUGUCGGCAGGCUCAUGAAUGGUUGGUGUUGUUGCUCGUGUACCAGUAUUCAGAAUAAAAACGGGAGUUAAAGUUUCCCUACAGACGUCACAUGCGUUCUCUGCGUGUAUUCUUCUGUUCUUUGUUUGUUUGUUUCUGAAUUUUAUCAGACGGGCAGCUUUAUUUUAUGACGCAAGCUGACUCCUUUUGUCUUUAGAAAACUAUUGUAGAGAAAAUGUUUUUUUCUAUAAUAUAAAAAGAAAUCCUGACAUCGAUAUUGGUACUGUCAUUUUUUUCUGUUUUGUUUCAGGAAAUGACGACGAGAAAAGAACAUAUUUUUUAGCUCAAUUCUUGGGUAAUGAUUACUAAGAAACUCGAAAUGUAAAAAACCAUCACUUUUAGUGACUUAAGAUGCCUUUAACCUUUCCAUUCCAUCUCAUCUCUAGAGUUUUUCUAUCUUUGUGUAGUAUAUCAAUGCUAUUUUAAACAAAAGGACUACAAAUAUCUACAGGUCACUUGGCAUUUUUCUGUUGUUUUUUUUACCUGUGUGUGUAUAGGAUGAUUUCCCUACAUCUGAGAGGCAUGUAAAAACGAGCUCCGUAUAUUUGUCUGUUUAUAUUGCUUCCCUUUUGUAUCCUUUGUAAUUGUACAUGUUGCGUUGUAUGCUGAGAGAGAGAGAGAGCGCAAAAUAAAGAGACGGUUGACCGCUGGGCACGGGGAGGGUGGAGUUGCUCAGCCGCCCCAGCUCUCUACUCUGGCCCUGUAUGUAUUUCCAUUUAUUCUUUUUUUUUUUUCUUUCUUUCUUAGCAAGAACUGUACAUUUUAACAUAAAAUGAAAAUAAAUUAUGUUGAGCCA